AUGACCGAUGCACACAUACCAGCAUGGAAGAAAAUAGCAAUUAAGCAUACUAGCUCAACAAAGCUAGGUGAAGGUGACGACGAAGAUGUGCUUAAUGUAACCACUCAUCUCGCUGGAAAUUUGCUGAGCAAAUCUAAAGCUGGUCACACCGUCAGCAACAAAAAAAAUUUGAAAUAUAAAAGUGGGGAAACAAAAGUUCAGAAACCUUCCAAACGUGUUAAGCUCCCCAGGUCCGAGAGGGAACUGCGAUCUGCAAGUAUUCUAAGAGACCAGUUGCGCUAUCUAGUGGACUUUUAUCUUGAUAAAAUCGCCGGGAAUUCUCCGGCCGACGUAAGCUUACCACAAAAAGUUGCUCAGCUAACCAGUGUAGCGGAAUACGUUGCCGCCAAAUCUUCGACCUCAUCGAGUGGCGUGGUUUCUGCGUGGAAGUUUAGUAAACAAAAACAAAAUUGGCUGCUUAAAAAUUUGUUUAAUAUGGAAGCAAUACCUCAAGAGUAUGAUGUAUUGCUAAUAGAAUACGUGCGUAGUUUAAUUGGGCAUGCCCGGGCUAUUGUCAUUGAACGUUGCAAGAAAAUAAUUGCCAAGCCGGAAGAAAAUGAGAAGGCCGCGGAAAUCUCACAGAAUGAAGCAGGAUCUUCUCCGUUCCAAAAUGAAACGGAGGAAUCCUUAUCAGUGAAUUUACCUUCUAAGUCCCCAAGUUCCUAUUCACAGGAAGUUAUACUCCGUGGUCAGAGUAUAUUGAAGGCACUUACCCCACAAGAAACUUCAAUACAGUAA